AUGCCACCACCAGAUAAGCGCAUGGUUCUCAACAAAGAACACGUUAUUCCAGCUACGACAAUCAGCCCGUCGAGUUUGCAGACCUUUAAUGCAAUUGUAGAUCACAUUGCCAUAGUAGCAACUCAAAGCGGCGAUGCUGGAAGCCAAGCUUCAGAUCCCUCGAACCAUGUUGCUCAGGCAGUUUCUAAGAUGCAAAAAGUCCUCCGUGGUGCCCUGAUCAAUGGACGUGACUGGAUCUUCCUUCUCAUGACGCUCAACGACGAUUAUGCGGAGCCUCCUAUAUGCGAUCUGAUGAAAUCUCCCUGGUGA